AUGGAUGUCCACCUACACGCUCGUUUCGUAAACCUCCAUAUCGUCAGUUCGGCUCGGCGUUUGACUCAUCAAGAAUUGGCAACCACUGAGGCUCAUGCUGAGCAUCGAUAUCAAGAAGCUCAAUUUCUUCUCUAUCAUUGGACUGGUUGGCUUAGCCGCGUUGAGGCAGAGCAAUGUCGCAUACUGCUGACGUAUAAGGAAACUGCCCGUGCUCUUCGCUCGAAGACAGAAGCUCUCUUGGGUGGUGGUGGUGGUGCUGGAAGCCAAUUUUCUUCCCAUCCUCCGUGGUCAUCGUCUUCGUCUACCCUGGGAACUAAUCCCGGUGGCUUCAACACUUCAACCUCCAGUGAGACAUUUGUUCCACGUCAUUGCCGUCUUACUCCAACUGAAAGGGAGGCGGAAUUGAGACUUCAAAGAAAACUUGAUCCUCCUCAUUGUCCUGUCCAUGUUAUUACGCCAAAGCUCUUCCAAGGAUAUAAUGCAUCAGAAUAUUUCGCAGCGGUGGUAGCUCAAUCUCGAGGCUGGCUGUCUGCCGUGCAGGAAUGGGUGAGCGUAUUUCUCACCUGCCUCUUCGCUUUUGUUGCUACAAUUUGUCUCUGGAAUGCUCUUGGUGAUGUGCUCUGGUUCUUCGCCCUUCGCUUUAACAUUAUCAAUCGGAAGCAUCGGAAGCAGUGGCCAAAGCCACAGCCACUGAGAUUUUCCUUUUCAAAUGGUCAAUCUUCUGACUGCUGUGUUGGAAAUGAUCACUCUCCAGCUACGCCCACUGUGUCCUGUAAUUUCCGUCCUCAAAAUUUAAUUACUGUCGCCGACAAUCUCAUUCUCGCUCCUUUUUCCAAGCGGGCUAUUAUUGAUUUUGGUGAUUCUCUGACCUUCGGAAAGCCAUGUACUCGAUAUUUGCGUCUUAUGAACCCUCGAAAUUCUUCCAUUAAGGUUCAGUGUAAGCGCUAUCCCACAAGCGAUGAGUUCGCCCUUCACUGGCUUUUGACAUCUCAAGAUGUAUUAGAAAAUCUUUCCGAUCCGAAGAACGAAGCUCUCAUAGACCCUGAGUCUCCUGUCACAAAUCUUGUCACCACGCCGUCUCUUGAAUUGGCUCAUCAUGCUGAAUGUCUCCUUCGAAUUGUAUGGACUCCCAAACCACCACCUUUUCCAAGUCUGCUGGACGCCAAAGUCACUAGUAUGCAGGCGCAUUUUUCUAAUCUUCGCCAUACUCUUCAAUUCACACUUGGAGGAGGAGGUUUAAUUGUGGAGGCGAACAUUGUUGCUUCGACUAUUAAGCAGCCUAUACCUAGACGACCUCGUGCUUCAUGGGCCCUUUGUGAAGAGAAUCAGAAACGUCAGCCACGUGCAUCGUCAUCCGGUCUGCGUAUUCUGGCGGCCCACUUGGCAAGCAAAGAGAAGCGCCUUUCACAAUCUCUGGAUCGAUUGCAUCUAGAUUCUUCUCUUCUAGAUGAGGAGGUUGAAUUUCAGACACCCAAAAAGUCCAUUUCUACCGCAAACGAUCUUAAUCGAUCACCGGGAGACGAGAUUGCGACAGCCUUUAUCACACCAGCACUGCUUUCACCGGUGGUUAAACAAGGUUCCAAUGUUCUUUACACUGCGAAUAAGACAACUUCUGCAAAAGUUCCCGAAAAUGUUUUCGGUUGGGAUGCGUCGGCCGCUCUUUCAGAAGCUAACGAAUUGGGUUUCACCCGAUGGUUGAACCACCUUUUCACCUCUGGGCACGCGACUCGUUCCACCAUUUCAAAGUCCUCCCACCAAGAUGAUCCUGAGAAAGAUCUCUUAGAUCUCCUCCAGACUCCUAACUUUUCGGCUCCUGGACAUCGAAUUGAACGUGAGAUCGAUUCUGGAAAACUGGUCGUUAAUAACGAUUUAAACUUCAAAUUAGAUAAGGGACUUCAGCUACGAACGGUGGAACUCUUCACAUCUCAUUACUCACCGAUAUGGUUGACCCCCUGUGUUGACGUUCUCUCGAAAUUCGUCCAUCUUCCUGAAGACCAACUUAAACUCCCGGCUAAAUCUACGGCUAUGACGAAACGUGUCUAUCGGUACCUCUUUGCGGAUGUUUCUCCUUUAAAGACAAAAAGUUCGCAAUCUAGUGGAAAGCAUUUGUCUAAAACAUGGCAAAAUCAAGUUACUGAACACUAUAAUCGUCAAAUUGUGAAGCGCUGUUUAACUCUCAUUUGGCUAUUGGAUCAGGCAAAACUAAGGAAGAUCCGUCGAUUUGAUCCCUGCUUAUUUAAUCUCUCCGCUCCUGCUAAGUCUUCUACAGCUGUAUGCCUCACACUGGGACGAAAUUACCUAACUCGGGAGUCAAACUUACCGCGUAGUCUUUCAAAUCUUGGGGCAAAUUUAUCAGUUAUUCAAACUCCGUUGGAUGAAUUUGAUUAUACCGUCACAAAUCUUGCUAUUGACUUACGAGAUGGUCUGCGCUUGGUCAAAUUGGCUGAUUUAUUGUUGGUUGAUUCACCAAGCAUCUUCCCGUCCCACAAUAACAGUCUGAUAAGCUUGGUACGUUUUCCAGCCAUCAGUCGUUUGCAAAAAAUUCAUAAUGUACGACUGGCUCUCUCUGCCUUUGAGAAAAUUGUUGGCCAAAAACAUCUGUACACAGCAGCCGGUAAACCAAUCUCUGAGAGGGAUAUUGUGGAUGGUCAUCGAUCAAAAACCCUUUCUCUUCUUUGGUUUAUCCUGUUACGAUUCCAAGUUACAGCUUUACUCAAUCCACCGGCCUUACGCGGUGAAAUCUCUCGUCUUAUUGAUUCUACACGAACCACGUCGGCUAACAAGGUGCUACUGAUGUCUCUUCGAAGAGAAGUAGAUACCCUACUGUCAAAUUCUUCUGCAUUUGGUGUGGACACACAUGACCCUCUCGUCGAGAUGGAGAAUAACCAGAGAAUUUUGUUUCUUUGGGUCAGAGCGGUUAUGAGCGCAGGUGGCUACAGUAACGUCAAUGUUGAAAAUUUUGAUCAAUCAUUUGGAGAUGGUCGUAUCUUCUGCUAUAUUCUUCACUACUAUCUUCCUAUUCUUCUUCCAAAGCGAUUGGUGCGGAUCGUAACAACGCAAACUGCUAAAUCCUUCCCCGGGAUUCCGCUGAAUUUCUUGCUUCGCAAUAAUUCUUUCAAUUUGCAACUGUUUCAACAGAGAGUAGGUCAUUCAACUCUUGUGUGGAAUAUAACCGCUCAUUUGUAUUUGAGUGGUUGGCUAAAUGGCCGAACGGGUGGAUCUGAGGAUUACGAUCUUCUCUUAGAGAUAAGUCUUGAAGGGAUCAGUUAA